AUGGUAGCGCCAGAAUGGCAUCAUCGGCUUACUUUAAAAGCUGUCUUAUCAACCGCACUAGCAAGUAAUGACCAAGAUGAUCGGACAGAAGAUAUUUCAACCGAUUUCUGGAAUAACAAUUUAACCUUUAAUAUCAGUGAUAGCGAUGUCAUUGUUUUUUUACAUAUUCAGAAAACUGGAGGUACCACAUUUGGUCGACAUUUAGUACAAAACCUGUCAUUGAAACAGCCUUGCAAUUGUCAAGGGGGUAAGAAACAAAAUGCCAGCAAUAGAAAUAAAAAAGGCAAACUCAAAAAGAGAUCUAAAUUACGUUGCCAAUGCCAUCGACCUAAUUCAACCGAUAUUUGGCUAUUUUCACGCUAUUCGACUGGUUGGAAAUGUGGACUUCAUGCCGACUAUACUGAAUUAAUGGAAUGCUUGCCUCAUUAUUUUCGAAAAUUCGAUAAUAAUCGUAGUCAUAAAAUUUCAAAUCGAAGAUAUCACUUUAUAACAGAAUUGCGCAAUCCUAUCAAUCGAUAUCUUAGUGAAUAUCAACAUGUCACAAGAGGUGCUACAUGGAAGAAAUCGCGCCACAAAUGUAAUGGCAGAUUGCCAACCGUGAAGGAAUUACCACCAUGUUAUAACGGUAGUAACUGGAAUUAUGUUACCUUGAAGGAUUUUAUCGCUUGUAAAUAUAAUUUAGCUAAUAAUCGCCAAACCAGAAUGUUAGCUGAUCUUCGAUUGGUCAAUUGUUAUGAAAAUAGUUCUAUGUCGCUGCAGCAACGUAACAGGAUACUUUUAAAUAGUGCUAAGUUCAAUUUGAAACGAAUGGCCUACUUUGGCCUAAUUGAGUAUCAACGUGAGAAUCAGGUAAUGUUCGAGCACAGAUUUGGAUUGAAGUUUAUUCAACCAUUCAUGCAAUAUGAUUUCAAUCAAACAUAUGCUUCUGAAGUAUUAUAUAAGUUAAGCCCUGAGAUUAUACAUAAAAUACGAGAAAUUAAUUCUAUGGAUAUACAAUUAUAUAACUACGCGUUAAAGUUGUUUAAACGUAGAUGGAAUUCACUCAAAGCAAUAAUCAAUGCAACUCGUUAA